ACGCGGCUCAGCCGGGGACACAUCCUUGCCGGGCGCGCUGUCGAGGUCUCGCAUCCCUACUUUCUGCCGCCUUGCGCGCCAUGGUCCCCUCCCGGGUCCGGACCGGUAGAUGGGUGGCAGCGGCCAGGGCGGCCCAGAGGCGCCCCCGUGUGGACAGCUUGGGACAGCCUCCGAGUCCUAAAUGCACGAGCACGCGCGCGGCGCUUUACGUGCACUGGCCUUAUUGCGAGAAGCGCUGCAGCUACUGCAACUUCAAUAAGUACAUCCCCCGCGGCGUGGAGGAGGGGGCCAUGCGCAAUUGCUUGGUGACUGAGGCAAAGACGUUGUUGCGGCUCAGCGGGGUGCAGAGGGUGGAGUCUGUGUUCUUUGGUGGGGGAACCCCGAGUCUGGCCAGUCCCCACACUGUGGCUGCUGUCCUGGAGGCCGUGGCACAGGAAGUCUACCUGCCUGCAGAUUCGGAAGUCACCUUGGAGGCCAACCCCACUUCAGCCCCAGGUCCCAGGCUGGCAGCUUUUGGGGCAGCAGGAGUGAACAGGUUGUCCAUUGGUUUACAGUCCCUGGAUGACACGGAGCUGCAGCUGCUGGGCCGGACUCACUCAGCCAGCGAUGCUUUACGGACUCUGGCGGAGGCCAGGCUCCUUUUCCCUGGCAGAGUGUCAGUGGAUUUGAUGCUGGGGUUACCGGCACAGAAGGUGGAGCCAUGGCUUCAACAGCUUCAGAAACUGCUAUACCACUGUGAUGACCACCUCUCCCUCUACCAGCUGACCCUGGAACGGGGCACCUCACUCUUUGCCCAGGUGCAGCAGGGUACCCUCCCGGCCCCUGACCCGGACCUGGCUGCUGAGAUGUAUCAGGAGGGCAGGACAGUCCUUCGAGACGCUGGCUUUCGCCAGUAUGAGGUCUCUAACUUUGCACGGAACGGGGCGCUCAGUGCUCACAACUGGACGUACUGGCAGUGCGGUCAGUACCUUGGCAUUGGGCCUGGAGCCCAUGGACGAUUUGUGUCCCAGGGAGCUGGAGGCCAUGCCCGGGAAGCACGGAUCCAGACACUGGAGCCAGACAAUUGGAUGAAAGAGGUGAUGCUCUUUGGUCAUGGCACCCGGAAGUGCGUUCCCCUGGGCAAGCUGGAGCUGCUGGAGGAGGUUUUGGCUAUGGGGCUGCGCACGGAUGUUGGGCUCACUCACGAGCACUGGCAGCAGUUUGAGCCCCAGCUGACCCUGUGGGACGUGUUUGGAGCAAGCAGGGAGGUGGCGGAUCUGCUAGCACAGGGUCUGUUGCUGCUGGACGAUAGGGGUCUCCGGUGUUCCUGGGAGGGUCUAGCUGUGCUGGACUCCCUGUUAUUGACCCUCCUACCUCAACUCCAAGAGGCCUGGCAGCACAGGCCUCCCUCACCCGUGUCAGGAGGAUGACCAGACAUUCCUGUAUCAUGGGGCAGCACCAGUUGGACUUGGAGCCUGGGCCAGCAUGGUGGGCAUCUACCUAGACCUCAGGCCAUUUUAACUCAGCCUGGGGCUGCUCUCAAACCUGACCAGCUUACACAGGCCUCAAGUGCUUUGCUGAACUUUCUUGUAAUUAAGAUCCCAGGGAGAAGGCAGAAUCCUGAGGCUUGGCAGCACUGAAGAGAGCUUAAAGGGGCUCUAGGAAGAACCUGUUCUGGCCUAUUUCAACUUCAGUCUGUGACUUUUCCUGGCUCUGGGCUGCCAACACAUGAUGGCAUACCCCACCAUACCCCACCCCCUACCCCCGACCCUGGCUCUUCUCCCUCCCUCUUUAGUGAGUUUCUGAUUAAAGGGGUCAAUGGAUAAUCUGA